UUGACACUUGUCGAAAUUGGUUAUCGGAUUUGCGUCAAUCAAUUCGGGGGUGUUUUCGUCCAAAUCCCAACAAUUCCAGUUGGGAACGGUGCACGUGCGUAAAUUCCCACAAAAGCCCCCACCAUGGCGCUGGAAAACACGGAGCCUGUGGCCAAAUCGAAAAAACCUUCAGACAGCGCCUUCAAGCAGCAGCGUCUGCCUGCCUGGCAGCCCAUUUUAACAGCCGGGACUGUUCUACCUACGUUUUUCGUCAUCGGGAUAGCGUUCAUUCCAGUGGGAAUUGGGUUGUUGUAUUUUUCGGAUGAAGUGAAGGAGCUGGUUAUUGACUACACCAACUGCAACAAAACAAGGGACGUCAAUGGAACUUUCAAUGAGACAUCUGAGCGUUGUGCUGAUGUCAUCGCCAAUAACGCUACUGAAGAAUGCAACUGUACCAUUCCCUUCACCCUCGAAUCGGAUUUUAAAGGAAAAGUCUACAUGUAUUACGGUUUGAGCAAUUUCUACCAGAACCACCGACGGUAUGUAAAAUCGCGCGACGACUACCAGCUACUAGGCAACUUAAACCCAGAACCAUCAGCAGACUGUACCCCCUUUGCUAAAACCAAAGAUGGCAAACCGAUAGCACCCUGUGGCGCUAUAGCCAAUUCUUUGUUCAGCGACGUACUUACUUUGAAGCGUUGGGAGAACAACAAAGCCUGGGCUGAUGUCACUUUACUAAGAAGAGGGAUUGCAUGGGACUCUGAUAAAAACAUCAAAUUUCGAAAUCCUGAUGGAGGUGAUUUGAAAGAGGCUUUCAAGGAUUAUGCUAAACCCCUAGCAUGGAAGAAAAAUGUGUGGGAGUUGGAUCCUGAAGAUGAAGAUAAUAAUGGGUUUCAAAAUGAGGAUUUGAUUGUGUGGAUGAGGACUGCCGCGUUGCCUACUUUUAGGAAACUGUAUAGAAAAAUUGACCAUGACCAAGACGGGUAUAAAGAUGGGUUGCUUAACGGAAAAUAUUUACUUAAAGUGCAGUAUUCCUACAAUGUGUUGCCAUUUGAUGGGUCAAAACGGAUGAUUUUAAGCACCACGUCUCUCUUGGGUGGAAAAAACCCGUUCCUGGGCAUUGCUUACAUUGUGGUCGGGUGUGUGUGCCUUCUUCUAGGAAUAGUGCUGCUUUUUAUUCACAUAAAAUGUGGAAAAAGCACAAGUGAGAUGAUUAAUGUCAACCCUAGGACAAACUAUCAGUAAGAGCGACAUUCCUAUGUCUUAGAGAUUACAAGUGGCCUUAUUGUUACUAACUUCACCACAUUGAUUUAUUCAAGGCUGUCACCAGUCAUUAAUUUAUAGUAGUCGUAAGUUUAAUUGUGAUAAAUGUACAAGAAGAUUUUUUAAUUUAAAAUUGUAUAAUUGUAUUAUAUUUGUUCGUAAAUAAAUGUGACGUAUUAUAUAA